AUGUUUUCGACACGCUCCGCGUCGGCCGCAGGUGGCUUCGGCAGUCGGGCAUUCGGCCAGGCCAACGCGCUCGGCGGCGAUGGCGCGAGCGAUAGCUCCUCGAAGAAGGACAAGCGGAAGAACCAAAACGACGGCAAGCGCGCCUUCAACCCCUUCAGCCAGAAUGCCGGCAACGCGAAGCACGGCAGGGGGGAGAAGAGGGGUGGCAAGCAGACAACGCGGCGCAACGGGCGAACGACAGACGACAUGAACGACGGCAAUGAGCUCACACGAUCCUCCGUAUCGGAUGGCCUGUCGAGCGCGCCGGGCUCCGAACCCGAAUCCAACGACCCGUUUGCGAAGCGGAUAUACCGACAGCUGCACAAGGACGGCAUCAGCCCGCCGCCAUGGCCGUCAAACCCCGGUAGCGACACCAGCAAACCCGCAAUGGCAAGGUUCCGAGAGCAGCACGAGGACUACCGCCAGCGAGUCCGCCGUUCGCUGACCAAGGCCGGCUUGAUCGACGAUCCCAACAAGCGCAAGAAACUGAGCGAAGCCAUCAGCUUCAAGGGCAUCUGCGAAGACAUGUGCCCCGAGUACGAAAAGAUUCAGCGCAUCACAGAAUCCGACGUGGUCAAGGCGGAGAAGACUGGCGGCGUUGCAGAUCUUUCGCACAUGGUCAAGAAGCUCGCUCGCUCUGCCGCUGGACAGGAGGCGCCGUUGCCCAUGGACGUGCGCUCGACGCGGGCUCUCGGCUUGUCGCUCGACUACAUGUUCGGCACCUUGCUUCGCGAGGACGAAAACCUUCGACACCUGCAUGGAUUCGUCUGGGACCGCACUCGCGCUAUCAGACGAGACUUUGCGUUUUUCUCGACCAUGAAUGAAUCCGAGCUCAAGACCCAGAUCUAUGUGCUCGAGAACAUUGCUCGAUUCCACGUCACAUCACUGCAUCUUCUCCCGCAAUUCGUCUCGCCUGGCGACAGGAUUGAAGACCUCUUUUCCGAACACCAGGAGCUCGAGCAGCUCGGCAAGACGCUCUUGUCUCUGAGAGACAUAUACGACGACUGCAGGACACAAGACAUUGUAUGCGAGAACGAGGCCGAGUUCCGCGCCUACUACCUGCUCUUCCACGGCCGCGACCCUGGAAUAGUCGAAGCAUUGCAAAUGCAAUGGGAUCCUCGCUUCUGGAACGAUUCAGAGGAAGUUAGAAUCGCCCUGUCUCUCGUGGAAGCGAUGCACAAUAACCAGGACUUUGUCGGCUCUGCCAAGCACAAGGAAGACGGCCCGCUCCUGGCAUGCACGAGUGCGUACACGACAUUCUUCGACAUUGUCGAGGCCGUCUCGACCUCUUACACCAUGGCUUGCUUCGCCGAGUGCCAUUUCCCCUACGUCCGUCGAGCCAUACUGCAGGCCGUCAAGCGGGCACUGACGAGGCCCAAAAAUCCGGUCGAGGACGUUACCGCCGAAGCGCUCAACGAAUUCCUUCGCUACGAUACCGUUGAGCAAGCGAUUGAGUUUGCCGAGCUUCAUGGCUUCUCCUUCACACCUAACCGCGAGGAUCCGGCCAACGUCAGCAGGUACGGGCUCGUGCUCAGGGACAGGUCCUUGGUCCCUUAUCCCAAGGUCGAUCACCAGUUCUCUCGCAGGCUGGUUGAGAAGAAGAGGGGAAACGCCACGCUGCCGCAGAUCCUCCGCCGAACAAUAUACGACCGAGUUAGUUCCUCGGCGUACUUGCCCAACGGAGGCCGAGAGGAAAGCCUCUUUGUGCAAGAUGAGCCUCAGCAGGACCUUGCGUCUCCAAGCGUCGUUGCGGCAGACUCAGGGACAGCGACGAAGCAGGCGUCGUUUGGGGCAUUCGGCGGCACACCUCAACCGAAAACACCAAAAACACAGGGCGGAUUCGUUGUAGAGCCAGACUCGGAGUCGGAUACUGAGGCGCCACGAAACGCUUUUCAAGGAGCUGCGGGCAUGGCCACGAAGCCUGGGUCACUGUUUAACGCCAAAGGACAGUUCGGGGCGCCAACGAAUGGAAAAGCCAAUCUUUUUGACUCGGCCACCACCGCUGCUGCCAGUCAGGGAGAGAAUGCAGCGCAGGUCAAGCCGAAUCCCUUUGCUCCCUCUAGCGCAGUUGUGGAGAACAAGGCAGAGGCCAAGCCGAAUCCCUUUGCUUCUGCUUCCGUCUUUGGCAACAAAACGGAGAGCCCGGCGCCGGCGAAGCUAAAUCCAUUUGCUGGAGCCUUCCAGCCUGGCAAUAACGCGUCGGCUCCUGUCGCAAGCCCAUUUGGCGCUUCGCAGCCAUCGUUUGGACAACCGCCGCCGUCCAAUGCCAGCAAUGGACCGGCCAGCACUGGUGGUGCCAUAUCGAACCCCCUGGCCUCGACAAAGCCAAGCCCUUUUGCAGCAGCUUCGCCAACAUUCGGAGGCUCAACGACACCCGGCGCAGCGCGGCAAACUACCUCUACUAGUCCAGCCCUAUUCGCUCCAUCAGCAACAACGAAUAAAACUCCCUCGCCAUUCACCGCUCCAGUGGCCACAACCUCGAUCCUUGGCGGAACAACUGGCAAGGCCCCUCAGGGGGGUGCAGCAGCAAGCGGCAGCCUUUUUGGACCUCCUCCUUCAUCAUCCCCAGCGCCGAAUGCCACUUCCACACCAGUGACGUUGGGCAUCGCAUCAUCUCCUUCAUCAUCUGGGCUUCUAGAUGCGGGCAAGCCACAGCUCAGCGGCCAGACCGGAACCCCGACUUCGCUUCCCCCGCAGAUCAGCUCCUCGUCUAAAGGUUCGUUGCUAAGCGCAAUCUCGCAAUCGACAGCAACCAGUCAAGAUCAGCCGUCUUCUACCAGCGUUCUGGGGAUGCUCGGGCAGCCAAAGCAGCCCGUAUCUACGGACACCCCCAGCGUUGGCUUGCCAAAGUCGGCCAGCACUUUCACAACCAUCGGACAGUCGCCGCUGCCCAAGCCUGCGGCGGAAGAAGCAUCCACCGCGUCGCCCUCGCUUAGUACUAAAGCCGCGGAACCACCAAUGGAGCCGCCUGGUCCUCCACGGGAUCUGCUUGGCGACUUCAGCAACUGGUUUGUCAAUGGUGAUAAUGGACUUCUGUCUGACUUUCUGGUUGAGUCAGUGAGAUGGAUCACUAGCGAAGCUUUCAAGCAGUUCACGCAAGAAUCUGAGGAGAGGAAGCGGCGCGAGGAGGAGGAGCGCACUAAUGCUGAAGUCGAAAGGUUCCGGGUAUACAACUUGUCCCUGAAAUUCUUCUAUCGCUGGAAGCGGGCAGCUCGCGAGAAACGGUUGCGCGCGCUGCGUCGAAAGGCGAGAGACGAACAGCGAACCUUCUAUGCGGCUCGCCAAGAGGCUGAGCGAAAGGAGCGAGAGGAUUCUCGGCGCGCGUCGGAACGACGUGAUGCGGAACAAGAGGCCGCAGGACAUUCCAAGGAGUUUCUCAGUUUGAUGAAGAGCAGGCGAGCGGCCCAACGGGAUGCUACGGAGUCGCUCCUGGCCAGCGGAAUACUGUCUGGCCUUGGCCAGGAACGACAAAUGGCACGAGCCAUCGUCAACGAUGAGCUAAGAUCGUCGAACGGCUCGCAGUCGUCGAGGCGGCCGUCAUUCAGCUCGUCGGUCGGUCCCUCCAGAAAGGAAGGGUCCAAGACGCAAGCACUGCGACGCAAGUACUUUGAUCAACCCGACAAGUUCAGGAGGUCGUUGCCCUCAUUGUCGUCGGAGGACCGUGGCAGCCCUGGAGUCACGAAGCGCAGCAGCAACGCGUCUUCGCGCUGGAGGCUCAAGGCCAUGGGCAUCGUCCCGCUGGAUGACGGCACGGCCGUUCCGGAGUCUCUUGCGAGAGAAAUGGCAGCAUCUGGCUCGCUUCGCUACUCGAGAUCGGUGUCUCCAUGGCGACGGCGGCGACUGUCCGCCACGGACGCGAUCCAAGCGGAGAUGCAGCGCCUCCCACCCACGUCGCACGGGGGCGAUGGCAGCAGCCCGGUCAACAAUCUCACGCUGAACAGUAAGAGGAAACGAGACGACGCAAACACAUCGGAGCUAGAUCUUAUCGACGGCAGCUCCAACAAGCGCGUCAUGAGCGAUUCGGACAGGCCGGGACUGGAAUCGGCGGUCGAGACAUCACCGGCAAACAAGCGGAAGCGAGCAGUGGACGAUGAUGUACACAGCCCUGUGGCCGAUGGCGGCGCGCAGAAACGAAUCAUCAGCGACGCAGAAAGGGUCACAAUGGAGCUCCAGGCCCUACGGGCAGAGAUGGAAGAAGGGACGGAGUGGUACAAGAGCCAGAUCGAACGAUUUCGAAGCGAAUCUGAAGCCGGGGGGACGUCCUGGUUUGACGAAAGCAUAUAG